AAUAUAACUUAAAUCAUGUGCGGCAUACUAUGUGCUAUAAAUUGUGAUGGAAUUUCUAAGAGCACUGAGCUUAAAAAUAUUUUGUUACGACGUGGACCUGAUUUUUCAUCUUCUGUUGCUGUAAAUUAUGAUAAUGUGCAAAUGGAAUUUGCAUGUUCAGUUCUUUGGCAGCAAGGAUUAAGUGUUUGCUCACAACCUUUUGAAACAGGAAAUUUUCUAAUACUAUUUAAUGGCGAUAUAUUUAAUAUACCUGGUGAAUUAAGCUCAUGUUCUGACACGGAGUGGUUGGGAAAUGAAAUAUCCAAAUGUCGAUGUGAAAGCGAUAUUUGUAGUACAAUUCAAUCAUUAGAAGGUCCUUUUAGUCUGAUAAUCUACAACAAAAGUAGCGGAAUUCUGUAUAUUUGCAGAGACGCUUUGGGUCGUAACUCUUUAAUAAUGGAAGCAGAAGAUUCAAAAUUUCGUUUUUUGAGCACAUCAUAUAACUUUAACGCCAACGAAGACGAUGUGCCCGCGAUAAUGGAAUUACCACCUCUGGGACUUUAUGCAUUUAAUGUUACUUUGCCCACUGAAUGGAAACUAUUUCCUUGGAGAGAAACUGCCGAUACGAUGUUAAAUGAAAUAAAAAAAUUUAAUGAGAUUUUUAGGAUAACUGUCUCUGUUGAGAAUUACUUGCAACCAAAAUGGUUAUGCAAUGAUUUGAAAACCACGAGAUCUUUUAAUUUCUAUGAAAUGUGCAAAAAUCUGGAAACCACCUGUGACAAUUUGUUUGAAAUUUUGUUGGAGAACAAAUAUGUAUUAGAGGAAUUGCAGCGUUUCUCAUUAUUGCUAGAAGAAUCUGUCAAAAAUCGUGUUCGCCACACUCCUCCGCGGUGCGUCAAUUGUUUAAAUCAGCAAGGCACUUGCAAUCAUGCUAAGAUCGCUAUUCUAUUUUCUGGUGGAAUUGACUGCUCAAUUUUAGCAGCGUUAUCAAACAAAUAUGUUGAUGAUCAUGAUUCAAUCGAUCUCAUAAAUGUAGCGUUUGAAAGACUGAGUCCCGGUCUAGAAACCAGUUGGGAUGUACCUGAUAGAUUAUCUGCCAAAAAUUCUUUUGCGGAAUUAAAAAAGUUAUAUCCUCAAAGAAAUUGGAACUAUGUCGAAGUUAAUAUAUCGCGACAAGAACUUUGUGAUAAUUUGCAGAGCCAUAUUAAACAUCUUAUAUAUCCUUUAAACACUGUUUUGGAUGAAAGUAUUGGUGCUGCGUUUUGGUUCGCUUCUCGCGGCAAAGGAAUAUGCUUAGGAAAGGAAUAUUUAUCACCAGCAAGGGUUGUUAUAGUUGGAAGUGGCGCGGAUGAGCUGUUUGGAGGAUAUAAGCGUCAUAGGAAUGCGUUUUGGCGCUUUAAAGGUACUGAUAUCGAAAAACUGGAAAACCUUCAUAAAGAAUUGGAUAAGGAUUGGAACCGAAUCUGGGCUCGAAAUUUAGGGCGCGAUGAUAGGGUUGUAGCAGAUAAUAGUAAAACGUUAAGAGCCCCUUUCAUUGAAGAACAUCUAGUUCAGUACGUUCGCAGCCUCUCACCAUCGCAGCUUUGUUGCUUUCUACUGAAAGAAGGAGUAGGUGAUAAAUUAUUUUUACGACUAUAUGGUUUCCAAUUAGGUUUAAGAAAUAUAGCUUAUGAAAAAAAAAGAGCAAUUCAGUUUGGAUCAAAAAUAGCUAAUAAGAAACAAAAUGCGACUGAUCGUUCAAUUUAUUUGUAAUAUAAUAUUUAUUGAAAAAUGAGAA